GGCAGCCAGACUCCUCCUUAUCUCCAGUGUCAAACUUGACAUCAGACUGCAAGCGGAGCAUGGUAACUUCUCCAGCAAUCAGAGCGCUCCCCCUCACAUCAGUGGCAUGCUUCAUGGAGAUAUGCUCGUCUCACUGCCCUGGGCACCAGCAACAUGGAUUGUCACCUCUCCAUCCUCCUCUUGCUCGGCUGCUCCGUCCUCAGCUGCUCCAGGGAACUGAGCACGCAGCCUUCCAACGAAGUUAAUCUACUAGAUUCAAAAACAAUUCAAGGGGAGCUGAGCUGGAUCUCCUAUCCAUCACAUGGGUGGGAAGAGAUCAGUGGUGUUGACGAACAUUACACACCCAUCAGGACUUACCAGGUGUGCAAUGUCAUGGACCACAGCCAAAAUAAUUGGCUGAGGACAAACUGGGUCCCCAGGAACUCAGCUCAGAAGAUCUAUGUAGAGCUCAAAUUCACACUUCGAGACUGCAACAGCAUUCCAUUGGUGCUGGGAACUUGCAAAGAAACUUUCAACCUGUACUACAUGGAGUCUGAUGAUGAUCACGGCGUGAAAUUCCGAGAGCAUCAGUUUACAAAGAUUGACACUAUUGCGGCUGAUGAAAGUUUCACUCAGAUGGAUCUCGGGGACCGCAUUCUAAAACUCAACACUGAGAUUAGAGAAGUAGGUCCCGUCAACAAAAAGGGAUUUUAUUUGGCUUUUCAAGAUGUUGGUGCUUGUGUUGCCUUGGUAUCUGUGAGGGUGUAUUUCAAGAAGUGCCCAUUUACAGUGAAGAAUCUGGCUAUGUUUCCAGACACAGUGCCCAUGGACUCCCAGUCCCUGGUGGAGGUUAGGGGCUCAUGUGUCAAUAACUCCAAGGAGGAGGAUCCUCCAAGGAUGUACUGCAGUACGGAAGGAGAAUGGCUGGUUCCCAUUGGCAAGUGCUCGUGCAACGCUGGAUAUGAAGAACGAGGUUUCACGUGCCAAGCUUGUCAACCAGGCUUCUACAAGGCUUCUGAUGGUACUGCAAAGUGCGCUAAGUGUCCACCGCACAGCUCAACACAUGAAGAUGGUUCAAUGAACUGCAGGUGUGAGAAUAAUUACUUCCGGGCAGACAAAGACCCUCCAUCCAUGGCUUGUACCCGACCUCCGUCUGCACCAAGAAAUGUAAUCUCUAACAUAAAUGAGACCUCAGUAAUCCUGGACUGGAGCUGGCCUCUGGAUACAGGAGGCCGGAAGGAUAUUACGUUCAACAUCAUAUGUAAAAAAUGUGGGUGGAAUGUCAGGCAGUGUGAACCAUGCAGCCCCAACGUCCGCUUCCUCCCUCGACAGCUUGGACUCACCAACACGACAGUGACGGUGACAGAUCUCCUGGCACACACUAACUACACCUUUGAGAUCGAUGCCAUUAAUGGGGUGUCAGAGCUCAGCUCUCCACCGAGACAGUUUGCUGCAGUCAGCAUCACAACUAAUCAGGCUGCUCCAUCACCUGUCAUGACCAUUAAAAAAGAUCGAACCUCCAGAAACAGCAUCUCUUUAUCAUGGCAAGAACCUGAACACCCGAAUGGAAUCAUAUUGGACUAUGAGGUCAAAUACUAUGAAAAGCAGGAACAAGAGACAAGUUACACCAUUUUGAGGGCAAGAGGCACAAACGUUACCAUCAGUAGCCUCAAGCCAGACACUACAUACGUAUUUCAAAUCCGAGCACGGACAGCAGCAGGAUAUGGAACCAACAGCCGCAAGUUUGAAUUUGAAACCAGCCCGGACUCUUUCUCCAUCUCUGGUGAAAACAGCCACGUGGUAAUGAUCGCCAUUUCAGCAGCUGUGGCAAUCAUCGUCCUCACCCUUGUCAUUUAUGUUUUGAUUGGGAGGUUCUGUGGCUACAAGAAGUCAAAACACGGGGCAGAUGAGAAGCGACUUCACUUUGGGAAUGGGCAUUUAAAACUUCCAGGUCUCAGGACAUACGUUGACCCACAUACAUAUGAAGACCCUACACAAGCAGUUCAUGAGUUUGCUAAGGAAUUGGAUGCUACCAACAUAUCCAUCGACAAAGUUGUUGGAGCAGGUGAAUUUGGAGAGGUUUGCAGUGGUCGUCUAAAGCUUCCUUCAAAAAAAGAGAUUUCAGUGGCUAUCAAGACCCUGAAAGUGGGCUAUACAGAAAAGCAGAGAAGAGACUUCUUGGGAGAAGCAAGCAUCAUGGGGCAGUUUGACCACCCCAAUAUCAUCCGAUUGGAAGGAGUUGUCACUAAAAGUAAGCCAGUAAUGAUUGUCACAGAAUACAUGGAGAAUGGGUCCUUGGACAGUUUCUUACGUAAACAUGAUGCCCAGUUUACAGUCAUCCAGCUGGUGGGAAUGCUUCGGGGUAUAGCAUCUGGCAUGAAGUACCUUUCAGACAUGGGAUAUGUUCACCGUGACCUUGCUGCUCGGAACAUCUUGAUCAACAGUAACUUGGUGUGCAAAGUUUCUGACUUUGGACUCUCGCGGGUCCUAGAAGAUGACCCAGAAGCUGCCUACACAACCAGAGGAGGGAAGAUCCCAAUCCGGUGGACUUCGCCAGAAGCAAUUGCCUAUCGCAAGUUCACGUCAGCCAGCGACGUGUGGAGCUAUGGGAUUGUUCUCUGGGAAGUGAUGUCUUACGGAGAGAGACCAUAUUGGGAGAUGUCCAAUCAGGAUGUAAUUAAAGCGGUGGAUGAGGGCUAUCGCCUGCCACCUCCCAUGGACUGCCCAGCUGCCUUGUAUCAGCUGAUGCUGGACUGCUGGCAGAAAGACAGGAACAACAGACCCAAGUUUGAGCAAAUCGUCAGCAUCCUGGACAAGCUCAUCCGGAACCCGGGCAGUCUGAAGAUCAUCACCAGUGCAGCAGCAAGGCCAUCAAACCUUCUUCUGGACCAAAGCAAUGUCGACAUCACUAGCUUCCAUACGACAGGCGACUGGCUCAAUGGUGUCCGGACAGCACACUGCAAGGAAAUCUUCACGGGCGUGGAAUACAGCUCCUGUGACACCAUCGCCAAGAUCUCCACAGAUGACAUGAAAAAGGUCGGUGUUACUGUGGUUGGGCCACAGAAGAAGAUCAUCAGCAGCAUUAAAGCUCUAGAAACACAAUCCAAGAAUGGCCCAGUUCCAGUGUAAAGUACUGGAUGGAAGUGAGGGCUGGGGAGAAGUAGCCUCACCCUGCAGACAGAUGGAAAUGAUGGAGACACUGACACAAGUUCCAAGUCCAAUAAGACACUCAGCUAUGAGUUCAAAUGCCUUAAAAGGGAAUUAAGAAAAUCUCUUUAUUUUCCUCUAUCAUUUCAUGGAUGGGUGGGUGGGUGUAUUUUGUUUUGUAAUUGCUUUUCUAAAUGUUAGUUAUUGGAUUCUAUUAAAAUUCUUCAUCUCGAAAUGGAAGAACUAGCAUAGAGCCAUUGAUCAUAGACAUUCAUAGAAGCAAACCAAGUGAAAUAGCAAAACGGAUCUGAUGGCUUUGUUAGGAACAACCACAGAAGAAAAGAUGUGAUAUUUUUAUACACAGAAGAAAUCUGUAACAGGUAUUUUGUUUCUUUAAAAGCAAGCAAAAUAGAGGAAUUUAAACCUCAAACUAUCUGGCCAUAUUUACUACCUUAUCAUUUUAGUAUUCUCAUUUAUCUGUCUAAAGCAUAUAGAGGUGAAGUUUGUAGUUGUUUUAAGUAUCACACAUUUAAUUGUUAGCUUCCUUAAGAAUACCAUGUAAAAACAUGUCUUAAUUUUUGGAAAAAAGUACAUAUUUAUUUUCCUUUGAAUGGUUUUUAUUGUUUUAUAUUUAUGCCUUGAUGAUUUAAUUUGGAUUUUUGUUACAGCCAAGUGCCAAAUGCUCUCUCAAAUUGUCAGCAACAGGAAACAUGUUUAAGUAGACACAGAGAAUGAUGGGUUCCUUUCUAGAACUUUACAACAACCCACUUACAUGUAUCAACAAAGUAAAACAAGUUCCAUGUUUAUACAGUAACCAAAUCUCUCACAGUCUGAAUUAGCCCAUUCAUUUGUCUCUCCAUUUAUCAGAAACCGUAUGCUCUUAAUUUAGUGUAAUAUACUGGCUUGUAUGAUGUAGAUUUCUAACCAGGUGCCAUAUCAUUCGUACUCUGGUACUUGAAGACAUCAACUCCCACUAUUUAUGAAGGAGGCUUGUUAGAGCUCCUGAGAACAGCAAUACUGGAAAGAAUGGAUACGCUGUUUCAGUCGUUACAUUAACUGACAAUAGUCUAUAGGCCAAUGCAUGAGUCAAAAAAAAAAAAUCUCUGACUUUGAAGUCACUUAGUCUAAUUGCUUAAACCUGCAGAACUUUUUCUAGAGAAAGAUGAUAACUAAGCUACUCAUAUGUAUUGCCAUGGUGUAGGUCCAUUAAUUACAUGUUGUGAUCAUCAAGAUCAGGAAUACCUCUUGAAGAGUCUUCCACUUCAAUGCACCUAUUGUGACUUUGGUGUAUAAGUCUUAAACUUCUUUGCAUUUAUUAGACAUAUUACUUUUGAAAUAGUCAUCUAGCAAAUGCAUCAACCUCUGCAGACAAUGGGAAAAUGUUUCAUUGCGUGGAUUUAGCCUUGUUCUUCCAUAAGAGCCACCUGUGAGCAUGUUCAUUAAUAUUAGAAAGGAUGUUCCUGGUGGAGAUCUAGCUAAUAUAUAGAGUGAAGCACGAUUUUAGAUACUAGUUUUCUUGUUGAUGUCACCAUGUCAUAGGUGCAAGAAAUGUACAUCUCACAAGAGUAGGAUGAUUGAAACGAUGCUGCAACUUUUAUGUUUAUAUGCAAAAUGGGACACUAAAGAGAUAAAGCUACCCAUCACAAAUCAAACUCCCAAGGAUACUAGGGCUUCUGUGUUCGUUCAGAUAUGAGAUUGUUUCCCAAACAUUGCCAGUGUUCCUUAUAAUCAAGUCGUGCUACAGAAUGUUUCAUUGGACAUAUAAGAACAUGAAUGUUUGAAAAGGCACAUGGGAUGAUGAAAUUGAUCAUAAAUUUUGCUUAAGUCUGCUUAAA